AGACAGUGCAACAGGGUCUUAAUCAUAUGGGUGCCGAUAACGUUAAGACACGCUCUGAAGUGCUUUUUUGACAGUUUAACAGCGACGGCCCUAAACAACCAUCGCAGUUACUAAGAAUGGGAACGUUAUGCCAGGAUUGAGGUCUUCUGUGGGAUCUGCUCGCACAAUGGCGGCCGCGAGCUGGCAGCUGGCUCGCGGCCGCGUGUUUCGGCCCGUGGUGGCAGCAGCGGCGAAGAAGCAGGAACCGCGGCGAACCAUUAACGUCAUGACCUACAAUAUUCUGGCGGAGAAGUACACCCUGGGCGGAUGGCACAGCUACUGCCCAACCCAGCACCUAAAAUGGGAGUCACGGAGGGCGCGGAUCCUGGAGGAGAUCGAGUCGUACGACAGUGAUAUCAUCUGUCUCCAGGAAGUGGAGGCCGGCGUGUUUUCGGAGCUACUACAGCCCUGGCUGCAGCAGCGGGGCUAUCGGGGGCAUUUUCAGGCCCGACAGUACGGAGAAAACGUGCAGGGAGCUCCCGAGGGUGUAGCUCUCUUCUACCGUACAAGCCUCUUCGAGCCGGCACACGUGCACGAGUUCACAUUCGCUGCCGUGCAAACCGACCCGCCUGCGCCGCUGUCUCCCUGGCUUUCCUCUUCCUCCUCUUCUUCCUCCGACACCGAAGACACCUCCACAACAGCCCUCGUGGCACCAACACCAGCAGCAGCAGCAACAGCGAGAGGACCGAACGUACGGCUAGCUACCGGUUUCGGUGCUUCCAGUGCAGCUACGGCUGCCCCAGCCGUCGCUAGCAGCAGCCUAAGCAGCAGCAGUAGUAGCAGGGCAGGCGGCGAACGUCGGUUGGGCCGCGGCGGCGGCAAUAGCGAGUUCUGGAGCGUGUUCACUCGGCGGCAGGAGGGCGCCAUUCUGGCGCUGCUGCGACACCGGCCCAGCAAGCGGCUGCUGCUGGCGGGGGUGACACACCUGUUCUGGAACCCCGCGUUUCCGGACGUGAAGGCCUUUCAGGCUGCAGCGCUGUGUCGGGAGGCGGCGGCCUUCCUGCGGCGGCACUGCGGCGGCAGUGCGGCCCAGGAGGUGCCGGUGGUGUUGGCUGGGGACUUCAACAGCCUCAGCCGCAAGUGCGUGCCGGAUGUGUUUGACCCCAAGCUCCCCAGGGGCCCGGAAGGCCUUGUGAGCGGCGUCUACGCGCUCAUGACCCGCGGUCGCCUGCCGCCAGAUCACCCCGACCAUCCAGCUUCCCGACGGCGACCCGGCGAGACGGCCAAUGGCGACUUCCGCGACGUAACGCUCACCAGCUCGGGACUGCGACUGGCGUCCGCGUACUGCCUGGCGCAUGGCAGGGACCCCCCGCUGACCACCCGCACCGCCACCUUCGCCGGCUGCCUGGACUACAUAUUCAUCUCGCCGCAGCACUUCGAGAUCGAAAGCACGCUUGAGCUGCCGUACGAUGAUCCGAGCAGUAGUUACAGUACGAGUACGGAAGGGAGAUCCAGCAGGAGCUGGUACGACAGCGUACGAGAUCCGCUAUCUGACGUGGCGUUCACGCCCAUCCCAGAUGAUGUAUAUCCCUCGGAUCACCUAUCGCUUGCAGCUAGGUUACGGUUAAAAGAUUAGAGGUCUGGAUUCCCCGUGUGUCGUUUGGUUGUAAGGACUCCUGGGGUCGACCUUGUCGCGAUGUGCCGUUGUCACCGGCUUCCAGCUAUCGUGAGGUAUCGUUCGCUGGUGUGCAACUGCGUUGAUACUCCUGCGGGGGUAAAAAGUAAAGAGACACUGACGAUGCAACUAACGAGCUGUAUGACAAGGCUUCACCAUGGGGUGCAAAUGCGGGUGGUGUGUACGGCGGUGAGAGGAGCAAGGAGGCCUCAGUCAUAGUCUCAUAGAGGUGUUCCCUUAAUUAGCUUCAGGCGGCUGGUAUUGCGGGUUUGCGGCGUACCUGCUUUGAUGGCAGUUCUACGAAAAGCGGCCGCUAUUUGCUGCAGCGGCAGCCAGCAGGGUGGUGACGUUUAUAGGCUCAGGCUGCCGAGUUAGGCCACGUCCGUGUUUCAGAAGGUUAGGAUUUGCGAGAAGACAGCCGGUAGGGGCAACAAUUGACGCAGGGUGCAUGUCAGAGGCCUCUUGGUUUCUCUGGUUAUAGAUGGUGCGUGUGAAUAGGAAGGAACAUACAUAGGUAGAUGAGCAAGCGUCUGCAGGAUGACAGACACGGGGGUGUCAGCUCCUUCAAAGCUGGUAAAGGCGGAGCUCCAUGACGAGGAACGAACAGUAGGACUGGAAUGGC